AUUAUCAUACCGUCUCAUUCGAAUUAACAUUUGAGUCAUCACCUUAGAAUCGCUGCUGAUUGUCACAAAUCAAAAAGAAAUCAGACUAUUUUUGUAACAAUUGAAAAUUGUGUUUGCCGUGUGAAAACAUGUCGCGACCGGGCGAUAGACCGAACCAGGCGCAGACCUACAAGCUGGUGGUUGUCGGCGGCGGUGGAGUCGGCAAGAGUGCUAUCACUAUACAAUUCAUUCAGAGUUACUUUGUGACAGACUACGAUCCCACCAUCGAAGACAGCUACACCAAACAAUGCGUCAUCGAUGAUAUUCCGGCGAAACUGGACAUCUUAGACACGGCCGGUCAGGAAGAGUUCAGCGCUAUGCGCGAGCAGUACAUGCGGUCGGGUGAGGGCUUCUUGCUUGUGUUCUCGGUGGCGGACCAUGCCAGCUUCGACGAGCUGUACAAAUUCCACAAGCAGAUACUUCGCGUGAAGGACCGCGACGAGUUCCCCAUGUUGAUUGUGGGUAACAAGGCCGAUUUGGAGAUGCAGCGAGUGGUCUCCUUAGAAGAAGCGCAGUCUCUCUCUCGCCAAUUAAAAGUCCCAUACAUUGAGUGCAGCGCAAAAGCGCGCAUGAACGUGGACCAAGCGUUCCACGAGCUGGUGAAACUAGUCAGACGCUUCCAGGAAGCGGAGCGGAUCAACGUGAAGGCCGACUACAGAAGCGGCAGGAAGCGGAAAUGCACCAUUUUGUAACAGAGACUGUACCAGUGGUAAGACAUAUUCCGCGCCGUGAUCCAAUCGCGAUUUGUAACUGACCACCGCUAGAUGGCGUUAUUUCAAAAAUGAAAUGUAGAUAACAAAAUUAAAAGUCAAUAAAAUAAGAGUCUACAAAGGCGGUGCGAGGUUACAGCCCCAUUUUUCUUUUUUCAAUCACAAUGUUGUUUAUUUUUUCUACAUUUUUUCCAUAGGUUGUGUGGAACGGCCAUAUUUAUAAUUUAUAUUUUUCUUUACAAUAGUUGUAAGAUAUUUAUUUUACGGUCAACAUGCUGGUGAAGUUGAAAGUACCUUCAAAAUACAUUUGCUAAUGUUGGUAAAAAAUAACUUCCGAUUUUGUAUAAUAUAAACGGCCUGAUUCAUUUAUUUUUAUUAGGAAUUUUUAAUUUUCUACACUACAUUGAGUUAUAAAGGGAUAAAACACUCGUUACGCCAAUAAAUGUCAAUGAAUACGGCAUUGUUUGUACUCACAAUUUAAGGUUAACAGUGAAUAAUCGAAAAGUCUCGAAACUGAACAAAUCACACGCACAACUAAAUGUUCAUUUUUAACGUUACAAUUCUUGGUUGGUCGAGCUGUUAUUGCCAGACAAAUCUUAAUAUAGACUGUUAUUUAAAUAAGGAUAUUGAGAAUACUCUUCAGAUUUCAAAUUACUAAAUGCCCACAUACCCCCAUCAGUAGGUAUAAACGAAAUCAUUUUUUAUUACCUACUAUAAUAAAAGCUUUGUUAUUGAACUACAAACAUAUGCACUACGUAUUUUAAUUAUGUUGAUAAGAUGAAAUCUUUUGUUUUACGUGAUCCUUUUCUUAUCUUUUGUAUCUUUACACGUCGUAUUUUUAUCGAGAUCGAUAGAUGAUAUGUCGAUAUAUAAAUGCCAUCGAUUCAUUCUUAUGUGGCGUUUAGAUUAUUAAGAGCUUUAUCAAGUAAUUCUUACAAGGAAAAUAUUGGGUUGACUUUUAUUAAUUUCUUUCCUUAUAAAUAAGUAUUUAAAUUGGCGGUGUUAGUAUUCACUGUUUGACACUGUAAACUUGAAAAGCGAAAUCGGCAGCUCCGAAUUAUUUUUCUUGAAAGAAUUUGAACCUUAACUCAUUAGAGUUAGGGCAUUGCGGGUUGAUGUGUUAAGCUAAUUUCAAAUUGUAUUUGACAAAUUUGGUACAAGUGCAUAAUAAUUUAACAAUGCAGACAAGACAUGGUCUAAUAUAAAAAUAAUUGCUUAUAAUUUCUGAUUUCAUCUUGUACUAGAUAUCUUUUAUCAUCUCGAUAAAAAUAACAGUAAUUUCUUUUCAUAAGGAUAACGGAACGGAAAUCCAAUAUGGCGAUCAGGAACUAACAUUUGGCAAAAAUAUUAUUGAGACACAAAGAAAAAAAUAAUGUUCAAAUGGACGUCUUGAAACCAAAUACUAAUGUGUAUAAAGUAUUUUUGUUACAUAAAGCGUGGUAAUACAAAAUAUAUUCAUCAUUCAUCCGAAUAUUUUGAGAAAAUGCAGCCAAUGUAUAAUGGCAUAAAUAACUAUUGUAAAAUCAUUGCAACAUGCCUAAAAUGUCUUAAAGUAACGAAAUAUUCGGUUGAAUAUUUUAUACCACCUUGUAUAUUUUUUUUUGUCGUUUGGUAAUGAUAGCUUAGGGUAAGCUUAAUGUAUGAUGUUUGAACAAGGGGUUUUAUUUAGUUUAUACCCACACAUACAAGGAAGAACACUUUUACUUAACCAUUUUCGCUUUGGUGGAUAAAAGGGGGUUGACGGAAAAUAUUGACAGGAAAAACUGAUUUGUAUAUUAAAAACAACUGAUGUUCAAACUGCAUACAAUGAUAUGUGUAUAGUACCAAUAAUAUUGAUGCGUAAGGUUAUAUUGUAUUAACAGAGCUUUCUGGUUGGGUUACUGGCCGGGGAGACAAAAGCAUAGAUAAUUUUGUAUGUUAAUUUAAAAAGAAAUACAUAAGGAACUAAUUCUGAAAGGUGGCAACAUUGACAUUGGCGUAGCACAGCAACAUAGUGCUUGUAGCCAAAUAUUAAAACAAGGUCGCAACACUGAUUAAGGCUAUAUUACCAGUCUAAAUAAUACGAAAUGUUAAAAAUAUCUCAUUUUUCGGAUUCACCAUAAUCUGUUCUUAAGAAACACGUUCUUCAGAAUUAGUUCAUGUAAAUAAUAUAUUUUUUAUAUCGCAGUAUUUGUUUUUUGAGCAUUUUUUGCGAGUUGUAGCCUAGUGGCGCCACACCAGUGGUUUUUAUGAUGUUUACAUUAUUUUGUAAUAAUAUAGAUAAUGUCUUCGUGUCGAGAGAAUUUUACACAUACUUGGUUUGUCUUGGUUUCAUGUAUUAGAAGAUUUUAUGUCUUAGCAAUGAUUACACAACAAUGUUGCCUAAUUAUAUAUUCUACUAAAAUUAUGGGAUCCAGUGAAAUAUUCAAUAGUUUUAGUGGAUAAUAAUGAUAUGAGGCCUGCUUUAUGUACUGUUCUACAGCGGAGAACGGGGCCGCUGUGCUGCUGAAAGGGUUUAGAUAUGAAUCCACCAUGCAGGCAAAUCAGCUAAUACGUUAAACGUCUUGAGAAUGUCCAUCUAACAGUAUUUAUUGUGUUGUGAAUUGUAAAUCGGUGCUGCUUCAAAUCACAUGAAACAGAACAUUUGAAUUUUUAGGAUUUUUACAUCUCUUUUUUUGGGAUAUUUCCAGAUUAAUAGCUGUUAAUGUACCUUUAGUGUUUACGGUAUAAUUGGUCUGUUUUUUAAACAUAGAUAUAAAGAAAUCAACUUUACGUUCUCUUACAGAUAUUUUCUAAAAUAAGAUUUUAUGUUUUCAACAAGACAAUGUAUUACUGGGAUAUAAAUUGUAUAGUUGUCUUAAUUUCUUUAGAAACUUGCCUCUAUACAAGGGGCUUUAUUCUCUAUGAUAGUGUAAACACGGCGUUGUUAGGUUUUCAUGGAAUUAGACUGGAACGGUAUUCUGCAUCCUAAUUUCAACUGUCAUAAACGCAACGAGGUACGUUACAUGCUUAUGUAUUGUCGAAAUAACUAGUGAUAAAUAGAAUGAGCGUCCAGGUAGUCGUGAUCAGUUUAUUUCUUUUAUCUAUGGUUAAAUAAACAUAUAGUAACAUUAUGGACAGUGUAUUAUUUAGUACUAAAUUUCCAUCGUCCAUAUUAGCAGCACCGAUACUGAAAUGGUUAAAUAUGUGGAUAUUAUGUUGUUAAUUUUAUCUACGUCACGUUAAAAACCCGAGUGCCGAAAAGAGCGGGAAAAUGACGCCAUCUUGCCUUUUUGUAAAAUGGCUUCAUAUUGAACUGUUAAAAUCUUGUAAUCGGGUUAACACCAGUGACAAUUUUUGUUUAAUUUUGUACGAUUUUUAAUUAUUUGCUUAUUUAUAGCUUAUCGUGAAUGUCCACGGUCAAUUUACCCGUAACAUAAUAUCUAAGAAUAGUUCCAAUGCAAUACGCACAAUGCACUAUUUGUAACACCAGACUGACGAUAUUUUGUGUAAUAGCGAAAUAAAAAUAAAUACUCUGAACAAACCGAAUUUUCAAACAGAUAAGUAAUAUGUUACACUGUUUUUAAUUUCAAUGAUUCAGUGGCACUUGUUGGUACACAUCUGAGGUGCGACGUUGCUUAAUGUUCUUUUAGAUAUAUUAAAAAUAUGUUGAUAUGCUGUGAGUUCUAGGAUUAAAAUGAAAAUCACCAUUUAGAGUGAUUAUAUUUGUUUCUCGAAGCAACCUUUUUUACAUAUUGAAUGUUAGAAUAGUCCAUAGAGAAAUACAGUGACGUCUCACCUCUUCGAUGUGUUGCCAUAAAUAUAUCCAUUGUUUUUAUCACGGAUAAAUGAGCGAUCCGCUAGUGAACGGCUGGAUUCUUACAAAUUCUAGACUGACUACCGUUUUUUUAAUCGGUAGAAUAACUAAUUCAAAUUCAAUGCAGAACUUACCAUCAGGUGCUAAUAUGAAAAUUUUGUCUAUUUCGUAUUAGGAUUAUUCAAGAACUAAACUUUUCGCUCAACUCCGCAAUGAGUUUGGUAAAAAGAAAACAAGGAUUUGACAAACAAGGCAGUUUUAAAAUUAUUUUAAAUUGGAUGUUAUUUGUACGUUUUGAGUGUAAGUGAUGCCAGCAGUCCAUCGCAGGUGCAAUAACGUAAAGAGAGCUUUAACUAGGCGAUGCGUCGCUAAUAACUAACUGAAAAGCAAAAUGUUGUCUCGCUAAUAUUGUAUUUGUAUAAUAAAUAUAUUGUAACAUA